AUGACUGAUACCAAGCCAAUCCUGUACAGCUACUACCGCUCGUCGUGCUCUGCGCGCGUGCGCAUUGCGCUGAACCUGAAGGGCAUCGCCUACGAGAUGCGCCCCAUCAACCUGGUCAAGGGUGAGCAGCAGUCGCCCGAAUACAAGGCACUGAACCCCGGCGGCUUCGUGCCGUAUCUGAUCGCUGACGGCCAUGGGAUCCCGCAGUCGGUGGCUAUCCUCGAGUACCUGGAGGAAGUGUAUCCCGAGACCCCUCUCCUGCCGAAGGAUGCGCACCAGCGUGCGCAGGUGCGUGCGCUCAUGGGCGUUAUCUGCGCAGACACGCAGCCGCUGCAGAACCUGAAGAUUCUGAAAACCAAGCCCGAGAGCGAGCGCGCAGCAUAUGCGGUGCAGAUUAUCGAGGAUGGUCUGGCUGUGGCUGAUAAGAUGCUGGAGAGCACCAGCGGCAAGUACUGCUUGGGCGAUGAGGUGACGCUGGCGGACUGCUGCUUGAUCCCGCAGCUGUAUAACGCGCACCGGUUUGGCGUCGACAUGGACAAGUUCCCGAAUGUCAAGCGCAUCGAGCUCAAUACCGCCAAGCUGGAUGCCUUUGUGGAUGCACACUGGCAGAGCCAGCCCGACUGCCCUGAGGAGCUGAGGAAGUAG